CAUAUGUAAUAAAUUCAUCACUGAUAUUUAAAAUGUAACAAAAUAGACAUUUAGACUUGUCAAUUCGUAACAACUCGGUCACUUACUGCACCUAGUCAGUAUGCCGACAAGACAUGUCAUCUCAUACCCUUUGACCCCGCACUAUCCAACCAUAAACACAUUAACCCAGGUUCGACCAGAAUUCGAACCCAAACUAUAUUAACAAAACAAUCCAUUCCGGUGGUGUACAGAGAAAGAAUGGAGAUGGGUUAGGUUUCAUUGUUUGUUUUGGUUGAGAUGCAGGUUAGGGGGUGAUAAUGAUGCAUGUUGGGUGGUGGUAUGGCAGGCUGGCAAGGCAUAGUUAACGGAAAGAAAAAAGAUAGAUGAAGUUAGACAAAUCGAGAAAUAUAAGUGACUAUUUUGUUAUAUUUUGAAAAUUAGUGACGAGCUUGUUACAUUUGACAUAAUUCAGUGACCGCGUAAAUGAUAACCAUUGAACUUGACUUCCAAAGCAAGGCCAAGGAGGCGCUUACCUGACUGACUAUAAGUUCUCAGCUGAGAAAGUCAAUGGUUGCCUUGCCUUCAAACUUGGUGGGUGAGUAGUCAUCCAGUAAGCAAAUUCUAACCGGCGAGAGAGAGAGAGAGAGAGAGAGUCGCCCACCGCCACCGGAGCCUAAUGACGUUUGACGAUGAUCACCAGAAUGAGUAUGACAUAGUUUUCCGAUCACUAAGUUUUCCACGGUACUGCCCCAGACCACGGCCAACACAAACCCAAUACCUUCCAGCGACUCCCAGGGCUGCAGCUGCCAUCUUCGUCCACUCCGGCGCCACACCCUCCACCAACUCCGAGCUCUCAAGGGCUUCCUCCUCCGCCACCGGCUCCAGCUUCUUUUUCACCAUCUCCUCAUCUUCUUCCUCCUCAUCCCCUGCCCCCUCAAGCACAGCCUCCUCCUACCGCUGCACCUUCCGGGGCAAAGACACCAUCGGCUUUCGCCGGAGUUUCCCACCGAACAUCACCCCGGAGAAACUUAAACAACGGCUGUCGCUCAUCGGCAGCAUACGGCACGCCAACGUGGUCCAGCUCAUGGGAGCUUCGAUUUCCGACAAGGAACCCCGGGUCGUCGACCUCAUGUACGGCUUCGUCAACAGCCCCACCCUCUCCAACUGUCUGAAUAACCAUAAUGCUAAUGUUAACAACCUGUACAGUUUGUACGUUUCGACGUGGCAGUCGAGGAUCGAAAUCGCUCUGGGAGUGGCUCGCGGCCUGAACUACAUCCACCACAUGACUGGAUUCGACGCCGUCCUAGUCCACAACCGUAUCAAGAGCUCCAACAUCAUCCUCACUUUCAGGAGUAACAACAACAAUACUUCUACUGCCAUUUCUCAACAACCUGGUGUUGUCAGACCCCUGAUCUGCAAAUUUGGCCUUGCCCAGGCCGCAGGGGAGGCUGCUGCUGACGACGAUAACCAAAUUGGCAGUUGGCCAACGACAAUGGCGUCGAUCCCAGAGAGCGAGGAGGAAGAGAACCCUUACUUUUCCCCAGAGCUUCGCCGCCAUGAAGGGACAUUGGCGACGCAGAAAUCUGAUGUGUAUGCAUUUGGGAUGCUGCUGUUGGAGCUGCUUUCCGGUGCAGAGCCAGUGGCUUAUUACCAUUAUGAUGAGGAAGAGAACGUGCACGUGCGAAUGUCCAUCGUUGAGACAGCAAGGGAGACACUUGCUGGUGAGGAUGAUGAGAGGGUGCGAGGUUGGGUGGAUGGGAGGCUUAUUGGGUUCAUCCCGGUAAAGGUUGCGGAGAAGGCGAUGCGUGUUGCUCUGCAUUGCCUCAGCGAGGAUCCCGAAUCGCGCCCUGACAUGGGCUUUGUGGAAGGAGUCAUUUGCGACUGCUGGAUCAACUCCAAGUAGCUUAUUCUUUCUUUUAAAUACAGCCGACACAUUGAGUUCUGUGUAACUAGAACUAUGCCUGUCAUGGCAAAACACCUUCCUGUUGCAGGCAGUUUCAUCCAACUUCAAGUCAAAACAUCAGACAGGGAACAUCUUGAUAAUAUCAUGUUUGUUAUGCACUGGAAGUUUGGAGAGUAGAUAUCACUUGGUUGCUGUGUGUUCUUACUCUAGAUAUCAGAUGGAAGCAUGUCCACUAUUUCUCCACGAUUCCCCUGUUUCCCAACUGGGAAGGCAUGCUUGCUUCCACUGUCAAGGCGGGAGUAGCAGGGUUAGAGUGGGUAAGCUGGUGGUCUCGUUUCAUGGUUUACUCCAUAUAGCUGAGGUAGCAAGUAGAACUUGAGAAGGAGCCAACAUAGAAGACAGACAUAUGCAAAAGAUGAGAUGUUUACCAAAGAGGAAGCAAUCAAGGCUUUAGUUUGGCAAUACUCGUAGACAAGCAUAUUUUCAGGUACUUCUACAAAGCAACCCAACAAUGUAACAACAUUAAUGUGCCGCAUAUCCGAUAGCAGCUUCACCUCAUUAGUGAAUUCUCUUACUCCUUGCAUUGAAAUUAAAAAAAGCUUCUUCACUGCGAUUUCUUGGCCAUUAGGCAUCAACCCCUGAAGGAUAAAAACAGCUCUACAUAUAUAUGAAGGGAUACCUCUUCGAGAUAAUUUGAACACAAGAUAAUUAGCAGGAUCAGUUCAACUUUGAGGACACCUCAAAAGAUGUCUCAUGAGUUUGCACAAAACUCAGCAUACUUCGCAUUCAAAUCCAUAAUUGCACAUUGAAGAAUCCUACCAAUCGUAGGGAAAUGCAAAUUCAACUGGAAGACAGAAAAAUGGAGCAGUUUCGAAGCUCCGUGGACAGCCAAACCAACAGACACCACUCAUAAACUGAACUAAAUCGACAACGUUUCAAUUCAACCGCGAAGAGGACACCAUGAUGAGCAGUUAACUGACAAAUAUGAAAGAGUUCAAUGCAUUGAAGGAAGAAAUAACCUAUCACAGUUAACUGACAAAAUAUGAAAGAGUUCAAUGCAUUGAAGGAAGAAAUAACCUAUCACAGUCACU